GCCUCCAGCCAAUGCUUAGUUUCGUAUAAUCUUUGUCACAUUUCUAUAAAUUAUCCAGAGAAUUAAUAUGUUGCGCUACAUUUCCCGGACCCAUAUUUUGGGCAGUUUUGCCUUUGUUCUCAUCUUUUUGGGAGCUGUCUAUAUCUACUCAGGAUAUAACAUGUCAUCCUUAAGCCUUUGCCUGUAUUGCAUAAAAGAUUGCCCAGACAGGGGCUGGAGGAUUGGAGACCUUACAAUGCAAACUGGAUUGAAAUAUGCUCAGCCAAGCACGCAUAAAGGACGCACUGAUGUAAACUCAGUGACAAACUGGAAUGCUCCUCUGGUUUGGGAGGGAACCUUUGAUCCAGUGGUUAUUGAUGCCAUCUAUAAAAAAAUGGACCCAAGAAUCGCUAUUGUGGUGUUUGCUGUUGGCAAAUACACCCGUUUCCUGAAGGGCUUCCUGGAGUCGGGUGAAAAGUACUUCCUUGUUGACUUCAGGGUCACUUACUACAUCUUCACAGACAAUGAAAAAGAUGUUCCAAACAUUGAACUUGGUGAGGGCCGGAAGAUCUCAAUUGUCAGUGUGCCUAGCGCCAACCGCUGGCAGGAUGUCGUACUAGGCAGAAUGAAAUAUGCCACCAUCACCAUUGACAAACAGAUCCGUAAGGAAGCAGAUUAUCUUUUUAUGAUGGACAUUGACAGCGUCUUCCACAAUCGCUUUGGAGCCGAGUCUCUCAGCCAGCUAGCUGCUGUGCUUCACCGUGGCUACUACAAGAAUACAAGCAGGGAUCAUUUUCCAUAUGAGCGUCGGCCCCAGUCCAAAGCUUACAUUCCUGCUGGUGAAGGAGACUACUACUACACUGCUGCUGUCUGGGGUGGAUACCUGGAGGAGAUGUACCAGCUAGUCAAGUACUGUUACGAGAUGUCGCAGGAGGAUGCCAAGAAUAAGAUUGAAGCUGUGUGGCAGGAAGAGAGUCACCUCAACAGGUACCUGCUGUACAACAAACCAACCAAAGUGCUGUCUCCAGAGUACCUGUGGUCGGACUAUGAUAAGGUACCAGAAGACAUCAAAGUGGUCAGGAUCUCCCAGCUUGUUAAGAACUAUGAAGAAGUUCGGCCCAAUGGUGGACACUGAUGUUGAGUCAAUUCAAUAUUCAUGACAGAGAACCUAUAAUAAUACUUGUUUGUCAUGGUGGUAAACUCUC